AUGUGGCGGCGUCUCUCCAGAGCGCUGAGCUGUGCAACCCUGCAAUCAGUUCGACUGGAGAAUAAUUACGUUGACUAUGGAUCAUCUGGAUUCUGGAUGACCGCUGCCAACAGCUUGCGCUUCAGGGCAUCCUCAGACCAGGAAUCAUCGCAAUGGCCGCAACCUGCUCAACCUGCUGAACCUGCUGAACCUGCUGUACAUGCUGAACCUGCUGUACAUGCUGGCACCUGUUCUCAGCAACAGCCUGCCUAG